CUCCGAAGGAGGGACGGGGCUGUCAGAGAGAGAGAGAGAGAGAGAGAGAGAGAAAGAGAGAGAGAGAGCAAGCGAAUGAGAGAGUCGCGAUCAUUGGUGCGCACUGUAAUAGUGGAUUGUACUUCAACUGGAGCGGUUUGGCAGGUUUAUACACAUCAAAACAGAACAAAGAGAGAGACUCUACAGCACUAAAAAGAAACACAGAAAGAAAAGAAUAAAAGCGCGAAGGACGAAAUCGCUGUGGCUAUAUUACAAUACUAAGGAAUCUCUGCAUAUUUUUUCCACUCAGGCAGACGGAGCAUACGUUUGGACUUUUAAGAUUUUCAAAACUAAAUAUCGUUGACCACUAGAAGUUUUUGGGGAAAGUUUUUUUUUUUUGCUCUUCAACUUUUUCACUUACAAAAGCCAGACAACGCUUAAGGACUUUACAUGACAUCAAAGGGCUUGAAAAAGACUUGAUACGCUGGAUUUAUAUUUAUUUAGACAUAUCUUAAACCUAUGUAUUCGCUCAAGAAUUGUACGCGGAUUUUAUAACCUUUCUACCCUUCGCAACUGUUUUUUGGCUUUGAUUAAACAAGUACAUGAUAUACGUGAAAACAUUGCUUGGACUUUUCAGUUUGAAUAAUUCAUGAGACACAAUUUGCCCGCUUUAAAAAAGUUUUUGAGAAAGGGAGGGGGUCUUCAUCAAACAUAUUCAUAAGGGUUAACGGAAUGGCCACGGCGGCUUCCAAUCCCUACCUUCCCAGUAGUAGUAUUUUAUCGUCUGGCUCAAUUGUGCAUUCCGAUUCCGGAGGUGGUGGCAUGCAACCAGGCAGUGUCGCCGUUACAUCGGUGUCUGGUGGCUACAGAGGCGAUUCGACGGUGAAGAUGGUACAAAGUGACUUCAUGCAGGGCGCGAUGGCAGCGAGCAACGGGGGACAUAUGCUGAGCCAUGCUCAUCAGUGGGUCACCUCGCUCCCUCACGCCGCCGCUGCAGCCGCUGCUGCCGCGGUGGCAGCCGCUGAAGCUGGAUCACCGUGGUCGUCUAGUCCCGUUGGGAUGACGGGCAGCCCCCAACAACAGGACGUGAAAAACAAUUCAGGCAGAGACGAUCUACACACAGGCAAUGCGUUGCACCACAGGCCUCCGCAUCUUGGUCCGCACCAGACUCACGGUGGGGCUUGGGGCACCACAACCGCGGCACACAUCCCCAUAUCCGGGGGACAGCAGCAGCAGCAGUCGCUCAUUUACUCGCAGCCUGGUGGAUUCACAGUGAACGGAAUGCUUAGUCCACCUGGCAGCCAAAGCUUGGUACACCCUAGUUUAGUUCGAGGGGACACUCCGGACCUUGAUCAUGGCAAUCACCAUCACCAUCACCACCACCACCAACACCAGCACCACCAGCAGCAGCAUCACGGCGUCAACAGUCAUGACCCGCACUCGGACGAGGACACGCCGACUUCAGAUGAUUUGGAACACUUCGCAAAGCAGUUCAAACAACGUCGGAUCAAACUAGGCUUCACUCAAGCAGACGUUGGCUUAGCGUUGGGCACUCUUUACGGGAACGUCUUUUCUCAGACCACAAUCUGUAGGUUUGAAGCGCUUCAACUCAGCUUCAAGAACAUGUGCAAACUCAAGCCAUUGUUAAACAAAUGGCUCGAGGAGGCCGACUCGUCCACUGGAAGUCCCACAAGCAUUGAUAAGAUAGCGGCGCAGGGACGAAAACGCAAGAAGCGGACAUCCAUCGAAGUCAGCGUUAAAGGGGCUUUGGAAAGCCACUUCUUAAAAUGUCCCAAACCUUCGGCUCAAGAAAUCACAUCACUGGCGGACAACCUACAGCUGGAGAAAGAAGUGGUGCGCGUGUGGUUUUGCAAUCGGAGACAGAAAGAAAAACGGAUGACGCCGCCGGGAGUGCCACAGACGCCGGAGGAUGUGUACUCUCAAGUCGGCAAUGGACAAUUUUUAGUAGAUUACUUAAAAGAUGCAAGUUUAACUGGGCCCAGUGAACCAAGCGACCAGAGGGUGACAACUACAAGUUCGUUCCAUCAGGUAAUUUUGGCGCAUUGACAUCACCAAGGAAAGAAACAAGCAUUUUAAAAUGACCAAAAUAUAUACCCCCACGUUUUCCCCCACUGUCAUUCACGAAAACAAGGGAGGCAGUCAAUUGUAUAUUUCAGAAAUGGGACUGUAAACUCCAGCUCAAACAAGGACACAUGGAUCAACAACAGAGAGAAGACGAGUAGCAUCUAUGAAGCUUCCGAUCAAGCUUUUUGCAGGAAACGCCUUGGCUUCUCUUCCGAACAAAUGGAUGGGAUAACUCAGGCCCAGCUAUCCACCAGAGAAGAGCCACUCCAACAUAAACACAUAACACCACCAUCACAUCUCACGUCAAGACCCUUUUAAAAUCGCUCUUUUUAUUUAACGAACUGAAACUUUGGAAGGAUUAAGAGCGACAGAAAGACAUGUGAAAAGACUUCCUCCUCUACUCCUGCACUUAUUUGACAUUGUCCUCUGCGAACAGCCGUUGCCAAGUGUGACUGUAUGGGUGCUGUGGACGUAACCAUGAUAAUGCUGCCAUUUCCACGCAGUAUUCUUUGGUAGGUUUUAAUAAACGAGACUGUAAAGCCGGCAAUAUAGAUUCAUUAGAUCAGAUACUGAUCUGAAUUAUUUACUUUAUAUUUUUCAUCAAAAUGAGUUGUUUUAAUAUUUUAUUCGGGAUACAUAUUAACUAUUCCAAACAGUAAUUUAUUUCCCCAAAAACUUGUGUAAUAUGUUUUUUUCCUAUCCGUUUUCGAUGUCUGUCCUAUUUUUUGUUUAUUUUGUAUUAUCAGUUUUAAAGGAGCACAAAUCAACUCGAACUGACAUUGGCAGUGGUUAGGUGAUAAGGGUAUAUUUUGAUGUGAUGAUUUGAUUGUAAUUUAAUUUCAGUAGUGAUUCCAUAAAAGAUGAUUGAGACCAAUAAAUUUGUUAGAAUUAAUGCAUUGUGACUGUGUUUUGGAUUAGGACACCAACACUGCUAUUUUCAGAUUACUAUCCCGAAACAUUUUAGCAGCAAAUUAAAUAGGCUAGGCUACCUCGUUGGCAGCCCUGCGUUUUGCUUUGCUAUGCACGGGCGAGAAUGAGGGAUAUUUCGCCUUCUCUUUGGCGCUACAUGUUUCACUAAAACAGUUGCCAACCAACACAUUGAUGCUUAGACGUGAGAGACCAUUAUUUUGAUACUGUAUGUGUCCUUUUACAUAUUUAUUUCAUAGUAAGUAGGCCUCAAUUUAUAGGUGGUUACAUGGCUACACAUGGUUACAUAUUUUGCACAAGUUAAGAAAUGUUACUUUUGUCAAAAACAUGUCACACAAACAAAGCGUAGGCCUAUGUAGGCUACACAUUUUUAGUUUUUUUCUGCCUGUAAUUGUUGCCCUAUACAUAAAGCCCCAUUUACCAUGCUGUUCUCUGCCUGCUUUACCUCCUAGUCUAGGCCCAGACCAUCGACCAUCUCCGUUUAUAUUUAUUAUUUUUGCCACUGCUGGUGUCAAAUAGAGGCUUGGUUUACCUGAGGUGACUGAACUGAGUGUCUCAAGGGAAUGCGUCGCUUGUUAGGCACAGGAUGUGAUGUCAAGGCCAUGAACACUAUGUUAUUUCUGCUGGGUUAAAAGAAGGAGAGUUUGACAACGUGGCCUAUUUUAAGACACGUCUUUAGUUCUUCAUGUGUUCCCUUUCUCUCUCGUAUGGCUUCCCCUCGUCCUUUCACCUGCAGUCCCUUACUAUUGCUUUCUUAUACAGAGCAGGCCUACCCUGCAUGACCCUGCACAAACCAGUCGCUCUGACCUAGCCUACACUGGGAUUAUCCCGCUCAUGACCUAUACAUCUCCGAUAGUCGAUACUGUCUACAACCAGUUGUAGAUUGAUAAAAUGCGCAAGUGAUGCAUGCUCAUAUUUGUUGAAAGAGCACGUUUAUUAUGCUAUUUUUGGGGGCACGUUCUUGAUUGCGCAUCUCUUUUCAAAUCAAUUUAGCAUAUUACACAGCUUAAUUUAGGCUUAGUUUUGUCAUAUUAUUUGCAAAAAUAUCAACUGAUGUCUGAAAGGUGUUUGCCAGUGUUUGUAAAUAAGAAUUUUAUGUGAGGAAACUGCUUAAACUUUUCGUUUGGUGACUAUUCAGCAAAAUCCCUUGCAAAAGAUUUAAAUUUCGCGGAUGAUUUACCAUACACUAGUUGCUAAGCAACUGUGUUCAAUCAAUGCUAUUGAAGUGUGCGUCACUUUCCUUUGUCCCAUUACUAAAAGAGUCAGUCAGACACACUAGGUGAAUUUUGGAUAAUUCAAAACACAAAAAAAUAUCACCCAACUACAUGCCAUCUUCAGCAAUUAAAACGGCGAGGGAUAGAAAUAACCCCUUCUGGAGAGCUGUGCACCUGCAUGUUUCCCAUUCUCACCAACGACCUUUAGGCUACCUUAAUUAUUAUAUUUAUUGGCUAAAAUCCAGAAAUUAAUAUAUGUAUUUUUGUAGUCAAACGUACAUAGCCUACACAUGUCCAAGAUUACUUCAAUCAGCUUGGACACGUCAUUGUUCAAAAACAGCUUAUUUCACAUGUGUCCGUAACAAAGGUUUGGAGAACUUGCUUUUAAGCAUAGGGGCCAAAACUAUAUUUGAGGCUGCAGUUUCAACCCUGGUUCACUAAUGAGAAUAAAAAUGUGAGUUAAUUUUA